AUUCGCUCCCGCUUCCUGUGGAAGAGUGCUUGUGCAUCGGUGUGCUGAAAGAUGUAAAGAUGGCGGAGCUACAGAUGCUCUUGGAAGAGGAGAUUCCAGCUGGUCGGAGAGCUUUGCUGGAUAGUUUCACUAAUCUCGAAAGAGUUGCGGAUUACUGUGAAAACAACUACAUCCAGUCGGUGGACAAGCACAACGCCCUCGAAGAAACCAAAAACUACACCACUCAGUCCCUGGCCAGCGUAGCCUACCUGAUCAACACCUUGGCCAACAAUGUCCUGCAGAUGCUGGACAUUCAGGCCUCCCAGCUUCGGCGCAUGGAGUCCUCCAUCAACCACAUUUCACAGACGGUGGACAUUCACAAAGAGAAGGUGGCCAGGCGGGAGAUUGGCAUCUUGACCACCAAUAAGAACACCUCCCGCACGCACAAGAUCAUUGCUCCAGCCAAUCCAGAGAGGCCGGUCCGCUACAUUCGCAAGCCGGUCGACUACAACGUGCUGGAUGACAUUGGUCACGGGGUUAAGUGGUUACUUAGGUUCAAGGUCAGCGCGCAGAACAUGAAGAUGGGCGGUCUUCCCCGCACCACCCCGCCCACCCAGAAGCCCCCGAGCCCUCCUGUGUCGGGGAAGGGAACCAUUGGGAGGCACUCACCCUAUAGGACCCUCGAGCCAGUGCGCCCCCCGGUGGUCCCUAACGACUAUGUCCCCAGCCCCACGCGCAGCGCCGGGCCCGCACAGCAGAGCCCCGCGCGCGCUGCGUCGGUUAACCAGAGGAACCGCACGUACAGCAGCGGGAGCAGCGGCGGCAGCAGCCACCCCAGCAGCCGCAGCAGCAGCCGCGAGAACAGCGGGAGCGGGAGCAUCGGCGUGCCCAUCGCCGUGCCGACGCCCUCCCCGCCCAGCUCCUUCCCAGCCUCUGCCACUGGGGUGGCAGGUACCCCUCCGGCCCAACCCAACCAUGCUCCACCCCUCUCCUCUGCUUCCUCUACUUCCACCACCACUUCUGCCCCACCCAAAGCCCCUCCUCCAGCCCCAGACCCUUCACAAGCCCUUCCCACUGAGGCCCAGCAGGCUCCUGCCAACCCCCCCCUUUCCACUCUGCCCCCCUCACCCUCUGCUGCCGCCACCUCCUCUACCGCUACUGCCACCCCCGCGCCAGGCACAACCCCUCAGUUCUAUAGCAUGAACCGGCCCGUCUCCCGGAGCAACCCGCCAACAGUUGGGGGGUCCCUUCCUUACCGCCGCCCCCCCUCUGUCACGGGCCAGCCCAACUUUCCACAGAAUCAGCUCAAUGGAGGACCUUACUACAACCAGAGCCAAGCCUCGCUCGUUCCCCCUCCCCCCUCCGUCCUGCAGGCCACGCCCCAGCUCCCUCUGACGGGCUUUGUGGCUCGGGUUCAGGAGACCAUUUCGGACGCCUCCCCUCCGCCGCCCCCCGCAGAGGAGGCGGUGUUUGAGGAGCCGCACCCGCCUCCGCCCCCUCCGGAGGAGUACGAGGACGAGGAGUCAGCGGUGGUGGAGUACAGCGACCCUUACGCCGAGGAGGACCCCCCCUGGGCGCCCCGCACGUACCUCGAGAAAGUGGUGGCCAUCUACGACUACGCCAGGGACAAGGAGGACGAGCUGUCCUUCCAGGAGGGCGCCAUCAUCUACGUGAUCAAGAAGAACGACGACGGCUGGUACGAAGGCGUGAUGAGCGGCACCACGGGGCUGUUUCCGGGCAACUACGUCGAGUCCAUCAUGCACUACGCCGACUGAGGCCCAGAGGGCGCUCUCACCCUCCCCGCCUUCCACACACCUACCAUACAUAUAUAUGUGUAUGUAUGUACGUGCGUGUGUAUAUAAGUAUAUAUAUACACAUACAUAAGAUAUAAGAUAUACAUAUAUUUAAGAUUUGUAGAAGUGGACAGUGGUGAUUAAAGUUUGGGAAGAUUAACAGAGGUGAGCAGAGGAUGAGUAUCACACCUCAGUGUAUGCAGUUACAAAUCGUCAAACAAUGAUAAUUAUGUUUCAUUCAAUGAAGUAUAUAGUUGUAAUAUGGCAAAGAAACCUUUGUAUUUCCUUAUGUUGAAACGACAAUGGGUUGAAGUGGUGGAAAGAGAGGGUCUUCUCCAGUAUGAAGCCUUCUUUAGUGUUUGAGUUCUCUUCAGCAGGACGACCAUGCUUUACCAGCGCUUGGAUUUGCCUAUAGCUGGUGCGUUAUAGGAUGGUAGAUACAAAGUGCGCAAGGUUUAUAGAAAAUAAUAAGGACACUCACUUGGGAGCAGGGAUUCCGGUCAGCGUAGAGCUUUGUGGAUAUGGUCUCAGUGUGAGUCUACUCUAGUGAUGAAACACAAGCAACAUUGUGGGUAGGCCUACAGAGACUCUACAGAGAUGUGGGAUAUUCUCUUAACAAUCUGUUGGAUAAAAUGCAGUGUAAAGACCUUAACACAUUUGGAAUUCUUUACUUGAUUGACAGGGAGUCCGCUUCUGUUAGGAAAGAAAAAUGGAGGAAGGUAAGGGGCGGGAGUAUUUCCAAUUCACCCCUGUUCUCGCCCGCAUAUCCUCGGAAACAGACUUCACUUUCUCUACAGUUCAUUAUAUAUAUUUAAAAAAACGUUAAUAGCUUAUAUAGAGCUUAUGUACAUCUCUAAAUGAUGUCGUCACAGUCAGCACACAACAUUGCAGCAUGCAAAUGGAAGCGAACGAUGCCAUAGUGUGACUAUGCUCGUGGUUUUUCGGAUUAAACUGAGAGGGGGGAGGGGCCGGGUGGAGCAACACAUUCCUCAAUGAUUUUAAUCAGGCAGAUUUGUCCUGGAUCACAACCUGGUUCGGUCCAGCACAGGCGAGGGACCAGUGCUAAGGCUGAUCGGCUGUUUCGUUCAGAGUUACAGAUGGUUGGAGCCAAUCGGUGCCGCUCGUCUCCAGAUGGGUACUGCGGUAGUGUUCCCGCCCAGGUAGAGCGGUCAUGGGAAUUGCAUUGAGACUGUGAUUCAGGUUGCAAUGGCCUUUCCUGACCGAUUCGCCAGCCUUCCUUGUCAACCCAGAGGUCGUUUGUCUCCCAUCUUUCUGAAGGGAUGAGUAUUGCUCAGCCUUCACAAAUACAGUAUGCAGUACUAAAUUAUGAAGCUCACCUUGUUAGAUUUGAUGCCUAUUUUUGUACAUUUUUAAAGGUUUUUCUUUUUCUUUUAUUCUUUUGUUUUUUUUUUUUGUUUCUAAGCUAUCGUUGUGGAUCUCGCCAAAAUGGCCAGUUCAUUUUGAGAUGUCAAAAUGUAGUGCUACAUACAGAGCAUGCUCAAAUAAAACCAAUAUUCAAAUGAAUUUUUUUCAUUUGUUCACCCGCUGACUUCACAUUGAUUAAAGUUUUGAAACGGCUUUCUGUUCAUCGUCAGUGGCUAGUGGUUGUACUAUUAAUGCAAAAAGAGAAUCCAGUCAGGUUUUCAAGAAGUGAAGGAACGUUGUGUGCCAUAUUGUAAUAUUGUGUCAUAUGUUUGUGAUACUUUGACCACAAGUCCUUUUUGUUCUGUUUGUUUUGAGUUUUUGUGUUCUGAGUCAGAAGUGGUUUUGAAUCAGUCGUUGGCCGGCUGUAAUAUUAAUGGAUACUUGCAUUUAAAAUAUUUAUAUGUACAUAUAUAUUUACAGAGAAUAUGGGAAAUUUACAUUAUACCUUCCCAAUAUUGUUUAUACGUGAAUUUGAGUGGGAAAAAUAAAAUAAAUGUUACAUUUAAUGUUGCAGAGAACUGUUUUGAUACCUAAGAUUUGAUCACUUUAAUAAGAAGACAACUGACAGAGAAUUCUAUUUCUCCCCGGUGAUUCUGGGGAAUUUUAUGAUUUGAAAGGCGUACAUUUGCAUUUUCACGACUGAAAGCACACUUUUUUUGUAGAAGUGACAGUUUUAAGAAGAUUGCUGUGAAAUAUAAAAUAUAAAUUUGAGUUAAUUUAACUUUAAAAAAAAUGGGUCUCCCCAAAUGGAAUACAUUAACUUUCCGUGCUGUAUCAAAUGUUGGCAUAUUUCAGAAAUAUACCUGAUAAAUUUUUACUCAGACUAAAGUGUGUGCGCGUGCACGGGUGUGCAUGUGUGCGCAUACGUAUGCGUACACAUUUGCAUUUGUAUAAUUAGAUGGAGCUUAGCUGUGUGCUGAGGACGUGGCUAUUUCUGUAUUUCAAAGAUUUUCCUGAGAGUGGGUCUAUACUCGUGACUCUUGCAUGUUCUUCUUUUGUGGUUUUGCACCUAGUGAUCUCUGCAGCAGGGUGGCCCGAGCGCUGUCUCAGCUGGACACCAGGCAGGGCUGCAAGCGCCUACCUCGUCCACACAGAUUGUAAAUGUGUUACCCUUGCCCUUUGACCCAGGGCUCGAGGGCAAAGGUCAAAGUAAUGGGCACAGAAACCAAUAUUUUGAGAUAAGUACAAUAAAAUGUUAUUGGAACUCAA